GUCACAUAAUUAAGAUAUAAAAUUUUUAUUAUAUAUUAUUCUGAAAGAUUUACUAAAAUGUUAAUACCUACUUGUAUAAUCAAAUUGUUUGAAUUGAUGUUAGCAAUAGCCUGCCUUACUUUACACCACUAUAGCUUCGACCUUACUGAUAUUCCUACAUUAAUGUUAUGUUCAGGGACGUACGUAGGGUACAUCAUCGUGCUCUCGGGGGAAAUUGUUGGGGAAAUGGUAUUCGCGCCUCUCGAUCUUGUUCAAGACAUGUACUUUGGGAUAUUGGGGAUCUGCUUGUUUUCUGUGAGCGGUGGCUUAGUGCUGUCUGCGAGGACAAAGACCUCGAUAUAUCCUCGGACGGGGGAUCAUAAUGCAGCCUUGAUCGUCGGAUCGUUAGCGGUUCUCAACGCUCUCUUGAUGUUGUUCGAUUUAAGCCUCGCUUAUAUGGACAGUGAGCAAUUUGAUGAAGACGUCAGUGUGUAA